AUGGAGUGCGCUGACUACCUGAUCGAGGUGGGCAGAAUGGCGACGGUGGCGGACCCGCUGCGGUGGACGAAGCAAUGGAGGAAGGCCACCAACGUCAUCCGGACGUGCCACAGGCUGGCCCGCCUCACUCUCUCCCGGGCCAUCCUGCGACGGACCGGCUCCUACGUCGAAAUCAAGAUCCACGACGAGACCGACGGCGACUGCGACACCGGCGCCGCCGCCGCCGCCAGCACGUCGCGGUACGGCGACGCUUACGCCGCGCCGGCGGAGUUCUCUGUCGCCGCGGACGACGAGGGCUUCAGGCGCCUGGUCAAGGACAAGCGCCACGACUCCUUCCGCCGCCUGGGCGGCGCCGCCGGGAUCGCGUCCGCGCUGGCGUCGGACGCGGAGGCCGGCAUCCGCGGCGACGACAGCGACGUGCGGCGCCGCCGGGAGGCCUUCGGAGGGAACACGUACCCGCGGAGGAAGCCCAAGGGGUUCUGGACCCACGUGUGGGACGCGCUCAACGACGUCUUCCUCCUCGUGCUGCUCGUCUGCGCCGCCGUCUCGCUGGGCUUCGGCAUCAAGGAGCACGGCCUCAAGGACGGCUGGUACGACGGCGUCAGCAUCUUCCUCGCCGUCUUCCUCGUCGCCGCCGUGUCAGCGAUCAGCAACCACGGCCAGGCCAGGCGCUUCGACAGGCUCGCCACCGAGUCCGACAACAUCGCCGUCGCCGUCGUGCGCGGCGGCAGGAGGCAGGAGGUCUCCAUCUUCGACGUCGUCGUGGGAGACGUCGUGGUGCUCAACAUCGGCGACGUCGUGCCUGCGGACGGCGUCUUCUUUCAGGGCCACGCGCUGCAGGUGGACGAGUCCAGCACGACCGGCGAGCCGCACCCUGUUGACGUCGACGCCGAGAAGAGCCCCUUCCUCGCCUCCGGCGUCAAGGUCAUCGAUGGAUACGGACACAUGCUCGUCACCGCCGUCGGCACGGACACCACCUGGGGCGAGAUGAUGGGCAGCAUCACCAGGGAGAAGACCGAGCCGACGCCGCUCCAGGAGCGCCUCGAGGGCCUUACCUCCAGCAUCGGCAAGGUCGGGAUCGCCGUCGCGGUGCUCGUCUUCGCCGUGCUCACCGCGCGGCACUUCACGGGAAGCACCAGGGACGAGCAGGGCAAGCCGACGUUCGACAGGCAGCACGUCACCUUCAACAGCGUCUUCACCGCGCUCGUUGGCAUCUUCCAGCAGGCCAUCACCAUCAUCGUGGUGGCGAUUCCCGAGGGCCUCCCGCUCGCGGUCACGCUGACGCUCGCCUUCUCCAUGAAGCGGAUGGUCAAGGAGCACGCGCUGGUGCGCACGCUCUCGGCGUGCGAGACCAUGGGCUCGGUAACCGCCAUUUGCACCGACAAGACGGGCACUCUCACGCUGAAUCAGAUGAAGGUGACGGAGUUCUGGGUCGGCACCGACCACCGACCCAAGGAGAUCACCGGCACCGUCGUCAGCUUGCUGCACCAGGGAGCUGGGCUCAACACCACCGGAAGCGUGUACAAGCCGAACAACGCCUCGCCGCCGGAGAUAUCGGGCAGCCCGACGGAGAAGGCUCUGCUGUCCUGGGCCGUGGAGGAGCUCAGCAUGGACGCCGACGCGCUGAAGAGGAGCUGCAAGGUGUUGCACGUCGAGGCGUUCAACUCCGACAAGAAGCGCAGCGGCGUGAUGAUCAUGGACAACGCGACUGGCGCGGUGACCGCGCACUGGAAAGGCGCCGCGGAGAUGGUUUUGGCGAGCUGCUCAGCGUAUGUCGGUUCAGACGGCGCGGCACGCGAACUCGAGGCGGGGAAGAGGAGGAAGCUCGAAGAGAUCAUCAGUGAGAUGGCGGCCGCCAGCCUCCGGUGUAUCGCCUUCGCCUACAAGCAUGUCGACGGUGAGGACUCCAAGAUCGACGACGAAGGGCUGACACUGCUCGGCUUCGUCGGCCUGAAGGACCCCUGCCGGCCAGAGGUCAGGACUGCCAUUGAGGCCUGCACCAAGGCGGGCGUCGCGGUGAAGAUGGUCACGGGCGACAACAUCCUCACGGCCCGUGCCAUCGCCAUGGAGUGCGGAAUCAUCUCGAACAGCGACCGUGACGCCAUUGUGAUCGAGGGGCAAGAGUUCCGCGCCAUGUCGCCGCAGGAGCAGCUGGACAUCGUGGACCGCAUCCGCGUCAUGGCGCGGUCUUUGCCCAUGGACAAGCUGGUGCUGGUGCAGCGCCUGAAGCAAAGGGGCCACGUGGUCGCGGUCACCGGCGACGGGACCAACGACGCGCCGGCGCUCAAGGAGGCCGACGUGGGCCUGUCCAUGGGCAUCCAGGGCACCGAAGUCGCCAAGGAGAGCUCCGACAUCGUCAUCAUGAACGACAACUUCGACACGGUGGUGACGGCCACCCGGUGGGGCCGCUGCGUCUUCAACAACAUCCAGAAGUUCAUCCAGUUCCAGCUCACCGUCAACGUCGCCGCGCUCAUCAUCAACUUCGUGUCGGCGUUAACCUCUGGCAAGAUGCCGCUGUCCACCGUGCAGCUGCUGUGGGUGAACCUGAUCAUGGACACCAUGGGCGCGCUGGCGCUGGCGACAGACACGCCCACCAAGGGGCUCAUGCGCCGCCCGCCCAUCGGCCGCACGGCGCCGCUCAUCAGCAACGCCAUGUGGCGCAACCUCGCCGCGCAGGCGGCGUUCCAGGUCGCCGUCCUCCUGGCGCUGCAGUACCGCGGCCGGGAGAUCUUCGGCGUCAGCGAGAAGGCCAACGGCACCAUGAUCUUCAACGCCUUCGUGCUCUGCCAGGUGUUCAACGAGUUCAACGCGCGGGAGAUCGAGCGGAGGAACGUCUUCGCUGGCGUGCUCCGCAACAAGAUGUUCCUGGGCAUCAUCGCCGUGACGAUCGCCAUGCAGGUGCUCAUGGUGGAGCUGCUCACGAGGUUUGCCGGCACCCAGAGGCUUGGCUUGCCCCAGUGGGGUGUCUGUGUCGCCAUUGCCGCGAUGUCGUGGCCCAUUGGAUGGGCCGUCAAGUUCAUCCCCGUGCCUGAGCGGCCGCUACGUCAGAUCUUAGCAACAAGGAGGAAAUUAUUCUAA